GGUUCACACCUCUAAUACAUAACAGGUUGAGCAGAAUUUCCGACGUUUCAUUUAGAGACUUACUGUAUCAUCACACAAUACCAUCUUAAUUCAGGAUUCACGUUACUGUAUUUUAAAUCUUCAAAAUGGAAGCUAGUGAUCCGGCUCCCUGGAAGAAGCUUGACCCGGAGAAGCUUCGUCGCGAAGCCGAAGCUAAAGAGGCUAAGCUUAAGAGACAACAAGAGCAACGAAUCGCAAGAUCCGAAGCCCGCAAAGAAAAGCGCCAUGCCAAAUCCGAAGCUAAGCAAGCGCGAAAGGCAAACGUUGGCCGUGCUGCUAAAUGGAAUCCUGAACGCAAAGCAGCCGACAAGUUGAAGAAACUGGCCAACCGACCGCACAAGCAAGAGAAGCGACGCAAGCGCCUACGCCUACGCGCUCAGAAGCUGGAGGCGCAGGCCAUCAAGCUGAUGGCUGAGGCGCAGAAAGCCAAGGCUCGUGCCGACCUCCUAGACGAGCUGCGCGAGAAAGAGGAUGCCGAGAAGAACAAGUUGUCUCGUGAGGUUGAGAAGAUGGCAGCCGACUCCGAGGAUGAGAACUAUAUUCCUCUAGAUGACACCAAGUCUAAGCGUGCUAAAAAGGAGGAAGUAGAUAGUGAAGACAGUGACGACAGUGACGACAGUGAAGAUAGCGAAGAUGAUGCACCCCCCAAGAAGGAAAAGAAGCACAAGAAGAAGAAGGACGAGAAGAAGGCUGAGAAGCGUAAGCGUAAGGCUGAAGAAGACGACGAGCGUGACUCUAGCGACUCAUCCGAUGCCGAUGUUGCGGGUGGUGUGGAGUUAUCCAAGGAGGAAAAGAAGAAGAAGAAGAGAAAGUUAGAGAAGGCCACCGAGGAGGUCAGUGCUCAAGCAGAAGUUGAGGCGCGAAAGGAAAAGAAGGACAAGAAAAAGAAGAGAAAGGAGAAGGAACAGGCCGAGGAUGGAACGCCCAAGCACUAGAUGGUGAUGACAAGAGGAAGGAGAAAUUCCUCCGCCUUCUCGGUGCCAAGAAAUCCAACGGUACGACGGACGCAGGGAGUCAUAACGCGCCCUCCACGUCAAAGGCGUAUAUCGACCGAGUCCAACACGACCUAGAGCGACAAUAUGAUAUGGGAAUGAGGAUGAAAAAUGAAGGCCAGGGACAGAAAAGGGGUCUCGGAGCAUGAUCUCCUUGUAGUUAUGUAUUCAUACGAAAUGGCGUUUUGAUAGGUCGAGGUUUAUACCAUGAGAUUUGCGCUGCUUACGAGCGCUAGGCCUGUCUAGCUGCUCUCUUGAUGUCAAUUGUCAAUUAACCAAGGUAUUGGCAAUGCUAGUUCUAUGCAUUUGAACACAUCUCAGCAUGUGUAUUAAACAGGACUUCAUUACACGUGAUCGUUAUUGAAUCAUAGCGUAGGCUUCACGCUCAGGGGUUAAUCAGUCCCUCUACCGUAGAAUUUCAAGAAUUGUAUAUAAAUCUAG